AUGUCCUCUAUUACCACUACUAUUCGACAUGGUGCUAGAAGUUCUAAAACAAUGCCAGAGAAGGAUAUAAAGGUCAUCCACGUGGGGGAAGAGGAAGUUGAGCACUCACUCUAUGCCAGUGAUAUAAUCUUAAGGAACCCUAAAGACUCAAUCACAAGACUCCUGCUAGUAAUCAAGAAGUAUAAUCAUGUCUCAGGCCAAAUACAACCUGACUCUCCUGAUCACCAUGAGAAAGACUUUGGUUCACAAUUCAUGAACUCCCUGAAAAUCCAGCCUGAAUCAAUGUGCAUCAGCCACUCCCAAGUUCCUGGCAACUGCCAAGAUACAGUAACCGGGGAAAUUAGAAACCAAACUACCAUCUCUGACUUCCUGCUCCUGGGCUUCUCUGAACACCCUGCUCAGCAGCACCUUCUGUUUGGGCUCUUCCUGGCCAUGUACCUGGUCACUAUGUUGGGGAACCUGCUCAUCCUCCUGGCCAUUGCCUCUGACCAGCACCUCCACACCCCCAUGUACUUCUUCCUGGCCAACCUGUCUUUCAUCGAUACCUGCUUCACCUGCACCAUUGUCCCCAAGGUGCUGGUGAACAUCCAGACACAGCAUCACACCAUCUCCUACACCGGCUGCCUCAUGCAGAUGUACUUCUUCAUGACCUUGGCCCUGAUGGACGACUUCCUGCUGGCCGUGAUGGCAUAUGAUCGCUACGUGGCCAUCUGCCUUCCUCUGCACUACACCAUGGUCAUGCAUCCCCAGCGCUGCCUGACACUGGUGCUGGCAUCCGGGCUCUGCUCCCACAUCCUGGCUUUCUCACUUACUUUUCUAAUGGCUCAGUUCUCAUUCUGUGCCUCCCAUUCCAUCCCACACUUUUUCUGUGAUGUGCCCCCUCUUCUCAAACUUGCUUGUUCAGACACUCAUAUCUUUCAGGUCACAAUGUUAACUGAAGGAGUUCUCUCAGGUGUGAUCCCUCUCACCUGUGUCUUGGUCUCUUAUGCCCACAUCAUGCACACCAUCCUCAGGAUCCCUUCUGCUGGGGGGAAGCACAAAGUUUUCUCUACCUGUGGCUCUCACCUGUCAGUGGUCACACUCUUCUAUGGGACCCUCUUUUUGAUAUAUUUACAGCCCUCAUCCUCGCUCUCGGAAGAUACUGGAAUGGUGGCAUCUGUAGUAUACACGAUGGUCACCCCCAUGCUGAACCCUUUUAUCUAUAGCCUGAGGAACAGGGACAUAAAGAGGGCUUCAUGGAGAUUCAUUGGCUUGAGUAAAUGCUCCACUCACUAA